AUGUAGUAGGAAGAAUAAUCAGAUAAAGUCAGCAACCUCAAUUCUGACGUCUACAUACCAUCUGCAACUCUGAUCUUUACCUAGCAAGACAGUUCAACUGCAAGCAAAUUGAAGCCAUACUUCAUGACAAAUUAUCCACCUACAGAUAGCUAAUACAACAAAAUAGCCAAUGAUCUAGAGGGCUACCAAGGAUAAUUUCAUAAGGCCUGUGAAGACUCACUAAAAAUAAGUGAGUCUAGAUCAACAGAUGACGAAAGCAAGAUAAACAUCAACCCAGAACUACAAGAACAGUUUGAAGAGCUAAGAUAGAGUAUAUCCAGUGACUACAAGGUGACUCCAAGCCUAGAUUUGGGAACCUAUACUUCUGUCUUGCCAUCUAAUAUACCAUCGCUACUCAGUGAAAGUUAUGGACAAGACUUCAAAGAUGAAGAUACAUUUUAGCUAGUGACUGACUCAGAGAGAGUUCAAGUUUUUAUAGAGAGACUUUUGAGUUUAGAACUUCUCAAGAACCUUCAAAAUCCACUUCAAGUAAGAAUGCUGAAACCUGUUACAAGCUCAAUUGAUGGCGAUAUAGAAGCUUAUAGGAGAACUUGGUCUGCUCUUAUCGAAUAUGAAGCAUUUUCCAAGAUAAGCUCACCACAUGUGAAAAUAGCAAGAGAGUCAAUGAUAGAAUUCUAAAGCGGCAAGAAACUCUCAUUCAUGCUGAAUUCUGAUGAAAAAAUACUGAUUCCGGUAAUCCCAACUAACGAGUGUGUCUCAUAGGUUGAGCCUGACAUAAGCCAAGUUUGUCUAUAUGACAAAUUUAUCUCUCAGAUUCAACUAUGCGAUGUUUUCAUACUGUCAUCACAACCAAUUGAAAUCAAUCCCAAAGUUGAGACUCUUCUUCAACUUAUUGAGUUUGUGCAGACAUAGCUGUAUAACUAAGGAAAGUUUAUCCUCAGCAUAGUGCAUUAAGUGACUAAUAUCUAGAAGUAUCAUGAUCAGGCAAAUAGCAACUUUGUUCUCAAAAUCAGUAGAAGCAACAUCUAAUUUGUCAAGACUUUGGCAGCAAGAAGCUAAAUAAACGGAGAAGUAUCCUUCUAUACUUACUUUAUCAAUGGUCUGCUCAAAGAUUGUCAACAACUUUAGAUGCUCGAUCUAAUAGAUGAUAAAAAUAAGAUAUUCAAGUUCAUUUUAGCGCCAAGGAGAGCUAGACAGAGAGCUUAGCUUAAUCCUUUUGACAAAGUUUAAGGCUAGAUGGAGAUAGCUAUCUAGAAUGCUACAAUAGACAGAAAGUUGACACCGUACUAAAACGAACUUUUGCUAAAGUAUAUCAAUCAAUAAAAGGAAAGUAUGAUCCUCAUCAAUGGAGCUCCUGGAUCUGGGAAGACAUUCUGUGGCCUGAAUAUCGCAUGUCUAAAGCUAUUUGCAUCCUCAAAAAGCAAGAUACUUUUUCUUGUUCCUAAUAAUGAGGCUAUGCUUAAUAUAGUUAAGCUCAUAUACUCAGAUUCCAUUCAGAAAGGAUAGCUUGUAGAGACUAGCACCGAACCACAUAAAAUAGAUCCAUUGUAUAUAAUGAAAAAAAUAUUCGAAGAUUCUUCCUUUAUAAUAGCUACAUUUGAUUUUUUGAAUCAAAGUAAUCUUAAUUUCUUGCUACCAAAUCUCUCUACACUUAUUGUUGAUGAUGCUUAAUCGUUAAUUGAACCGCAAUUACUCCUUUCACAAAAAAUGAAUCUGGGUCAGAUGAUUCUCCUAGGAUGCGAAGAGUAUCCAAGAGGUCAUUGCUUUUCAACAAACCUAAUGUAGUCACAAUUCAAUAAAAGCACUAUGGAGAGACUCAUUGAAUAAGACUAUCCUUAUUUAAAAGUUAGAGGUUAGCUAAGAUUUAAUCAUCUGAUGUGCUAGAUUCUGAAUAAACUCUUUUAUAAAUAAAACCCAAUGAAUGCUAGUAGAAGAGAUAUUGUUGAGAGCUAGUUUGUUUUGAAGAAUUUCAUGAGAAGGGUAAUUAUGUUCGACCUGCAAUAUCUAAAAGAGUUGAAGCAAGAAAGUUUCAGAUCAGAUUUCGAUGAGAUAAAUUUCACAACUCAUCUAAUUGGAGACCUGACUAAAGUUGUGUCAGAAGUAGAAGGAGUAGAUGCAUCCUCUUAUGAAGUUAGAAAUUAGCAUGCCUUUUCUAAAAUCAAGAGAUCAAUAGGGGUAAUUGUUCCUUUUGAAAGAUUGAUUCCAACAUUCAAAAUAUUAUUUGAGCCUGUUAAGUAAAGAUUAGGAUUAGAUAAAGAAGAUGAUAUAUUUAUUGGAACAACUGAGAUGUUUAGAGGAGUUGAGAAGGAGAUCAUCAUAGUUACAAGUCUUAGAAACUCUGUAGUUGAUGGGCUAGGAUCUCUAGAAGAACCUAACAUGAUAAAACUUGCAAUGACCAGAGCUAAAUCAUUCUUUUGGGUCAUUGGUAGCUCUCCUUGUUUCAUUUCUAACUAACAAUGGAGGGAAUUCUUAAUGGCAACAAAGCUAGUUUCUAUUGGAUAAUAUAACAACUACAUCCCAUUUGAGCAUCACAGGGAUUGGGCUCACCCGAGAAUGCUUUAAAUGCUGAGAUCAUUCAUCAGAAAGGAAAGAUCCCCCAGAGGAAGUCCUAGAAAUAAGAACGACAGAUCACCUAGAAGAGACAGAGGAAACAAUAAUGAAAGCAUAAGACUGACUAAACACAGAGAUAGAACAGAUAUUGAUGGUUAGGACAGAUCUUUUUCAAAAAAUAGAAAUGAAGGAAGAAAUUCAAGAAAUAUGAGACAAAAUAGAGACAAUAAUAAUAGAAGCAGAACUAGAGAUUACUCACGAGGAGGUAACUAAAAUAGAAACCCAAGCUAGUAAAUGAGAGGGCUUUCAUUUUAGGAUAGGCUUUAAAUUAUAGUAAAUGAAAAAAGAGGAGGAGGAGCUUAGCGAUAGGCUGUAAGAGAAUAAGAAAGAAUGUAGAGAGAAAGAGAGGAAAGAAGGAACAAAUACAAGCCAACUGAGAGAGAUUGGGAAGAAGUAGAAGGUGGUAACACCCAAGUAAGAAAUUACAACAAUGAAGAACAAAAAAAUGAUUUCUGGUGA